CUCUGUGUGUGUGUGUGUGUGUGUAUGUACAUGUACCUGGCGCUUGUUGUGGCAACUGGAGCGCCCGCAGCCUGGGCUGCAAGCGAUGCCCGGCAUGGAUUAUUCGGACCGGCGUGUUUGCUCCCGGACCCCACCCCCCGGACCAGCACAAGCGGCUUCCUUCUUCCAACCACCCCACAACCACCCUCACGUCCGCAGGGCGCCCUUCACCGGCUGCUCGGCCCCUUUCCUGUCAACGGUUCUCGGGGUGGGGUUCAGCUCUACAUCUGCAUCCAGUCCGCGUUUCGCAAGUAUCGGUGGUGUGCGGGUUCCAGGGUUUGAGGUCUAAACCUUGCAGUGAUACAUUCCUCAACAACGUUCUCCUGCGGCGAUGAUGUUUGCUGUUACCUUUUGGAUCCCUGGGGAUGCUGCACCCUGCAACAUCAUGGAUCACUUGUGAAUUUGGGCUCCAUAAUCGCACAGAACUGUGGUGGGAAUGUAUUCUACAAAGGUUUGGUUGCCUGGCCUCGUCAUUUGGUUGUGUCCUGGGACUGAACUGAAAGCCACCCCUGGCCGUCUGCCUCAUGCACACACACAGUGUAAUGGCCAGUCCGCAGGAGGGUCUGACCUGGUCACCCCCCUCUAACCUCCUCAACCAGAACCUGAAGGAAGAGCUGGGGACCCCGGGGCAACGGGCCAAGGUGCCGGUCCGAGAUGUGGACCACAAGCCAGCGUACUCUCCCCCCGAGAUCCUGGACAACCUGCAGGAGAAGGGGCUGCCCCAUGGGGACAACAGCCACUGCUCCAACUCCAACCACCCCGUCACUGUCACCGUGCUGACCAGCCUCAGCGAGGACUCCCGCGACCACUUUGAGAACAGUGUGUUGCAACUGAGGGAGCACGAGGAAGCUGGGCCCACCCUGGCUGCCGAGGAUGGGAAUGGGAACGGGGAAGGUGGCAAUGACGGUGACCACAGCAGACCGGAUGAGAUGAAGGUGCACUACAACCACUCAGGGUCAGGUUCGGGCUCUGGGUCAGGCGGAUUCCUGGAGGGGCUGUUUGGCUGCCUCAGGCCAGUGUGGAACAUCAUCGGGAAAGCCUACUCCACGGACUAUAAACUGCAACAGCAAGAUUCCUGGGAGGUUCCCUUUGAGGAGAUCUCAGAGCUCCAGUGGCUGGGGAGUGGAGCUCAGGGAGCUGUGUUCUUGGGCAAGUUUCGAGGCGAAGAUGUGGCCAUCAAAAAAGUCCGGGAACAGAAGGAAACGGAUAUCAAACACCUAAGGAAGCUGAGGCACCCAAACAUCAUCGCCUUCAAGGGGGUGUGCACCCAGGCCCCAUGUUACUGCAUUAUUAUGGAGUAUUGUGCCCAUGGACAGUUAUACGAGGUUCUACGGGCAGGCCGGAAGAUCAGUCCCCGGCUGCUGGUGGAUUGGUCCUCGGGAAUCGCCAGCGGAAUGAACUACCUACACCUACACAAGAUCAUCCACAGGGACCUCAAGUCACCCAAUGUGCUUGUUACCCACGACGACACUGUGAAGAUCUCUGACUUUGGCACCUCCAAGGAGCUGAGUGACAAGAGCACAAAGAUGUCCUUCGCUGGCACUGUAGCCUGGAUGGCCCCUGAGGUGAUUCGCAACGAGCCUGUGUCUGAGAAGGUGGACAUUUGGUCGUUUGGUGUGGUGCUGUGGGAGCUACUGACCGGGGAGGUGCCCUACAAGGAUGUGGAUUCCUCCGCUAUCAUCUGGGGUGUGGGCAGCAACAGCCUGCACCUGCCUGUCCCUUCCACCUGUCCCGAUGGCUUCAAGAUCCUCAUGAAGCAAACCUGGCACAGUAAACCUCGCAACCGACCGUCCUUCCGACAGAUCCUCCUCCACCUGGACAUCGCAUCAGCUGAUGUUCUGGGAACCCCUCAGGAGACCUACUUCAAAUCCCAGGCUGAAUGGAGGGAAGAGGUGAAAAAGCACUUUGAAAAGAUAAAGAGUGAAGGAACAUGCAUCCAUCGGUUAGAUGAAGAACUAAUCAGACGGAGGAGAGAGGAGCUGAGGCAUGCUCUAGACAUCAGAGAGCAUUAUGAAAGGAAGCUGGAACGAGCCAACAAUCUCUACAUGGAACUCAGUGCCAUCAUGUUGCAACUGGAGAUCAGAGAGAAAGAACUCAUAAAACGUGAGCAAGCUGUGGAGAAGAAAUACCCGGGGACGUACAAGCGGCACCUGGUCAGGCCAAUAAUUCGCACUAAUGCCGUUGAGAAAUUGAUCAAGAAGAAGGCAUCAACCCACAAGCCCGGAGCCCAGGGGAAACGGCCUGACCUCCUGAGGUCAGAUGGCAUCGUGCCAAGCUUGGAGGUCGGCCCGGCUCACUCGCCCGUCUCCGGCAGCCCCAAGGUGUCCACCCCGCCGGGCAAGGCGAGGUACCGCAGCAAGCAGCGGCAUCGGCGCGGCAACAGCAAGGGGAGCCACCAGGAGUUUGCGGGCUUCCUGCGGGCCAUCGCGGGCCCGGAGCAGUGUGCCCUCCAUCACCAGCACCGGCUGGGCGACGCUGCCAGCUGCGUGCACAACCUGAAGUACUUUGGCCCGGCAGCUGCCCUCAGGAGCCCUCACACUGACCGCUUGCAGCUCAAGAUAUCCGGCUCCAGCCCCGACCUCAUCUCCACCACACUGGCUGCUGGCUGCCGCAGGGGAUCGGGGAGCGGCGAGGUGAUGGACUGCGGGCACGGAGCUGCCGGUCGGGGCACCACGUGUCGGGACUGUUGGGAACGGAAGGGCAGCAUGAGAGUUGAGAGACUAUCCAAUGGGUACAAGCUGACCCCUGGCCUCUCCCAGUCUCCAGUGCACCAUCCCGCGGCUCAUUACGAGAACCCCAGGCUCCUGGAGAACAACAGGCCUUCAGAGGAGAAACAGGCGGAAAGCUCCAAAGCAGGGUCUUCCUUGAGCACCCCUCAGCAGCUCACCACACCCACACUACCUCGCAAGCUGAGAGCCCCCAGGAAGGAGAAUGGAGACGACUCCUCGGAGGAAGAGGAGGGAGAAGUGGACAGUGAGGUGGAGUUUCCUCGCAGACAGAGGCCUCACCGCUGUAUGAGUAGCUGCCAGUCGUAUUCCACCUUCAGUUCGGAGAACUUCUCAGUGUCGGAUGGGGAGGAGGGCAACACCAGUGACCACUCGCACAGCGGCACCCCCGAUGGACUGAGCAACAACAACGAGGAGCGGAUGGAGGACAAGCUGGAAGACAUGCUGUCGCACACUCCAGAAAUCCCCAUCGAGAUAUCCACGCAGUCUGACGGACUGUCCGACAAGGAGUCGGCAGUGCGCAGGGUGAAGACUCAGAUAUCGCUGGGGAAACUGUGUGCAGAAGAACAUUGCCACGAGAACCCCGUACACUUCGGAGAAUCGGACUGCGACUCUUCGGAGGGUGAGUGUUCCGACGCCACCGUCCGCCGAGGGAAAGCCUGCAGCUCGUCCACCUGGUGAGGACUGGGACAGGCAGAGAGUGCUGCCUAGAGAGUGUGUGGAAAGGUAAAGGAAAACACACACAAACAAAGACUAUCUAAACUUCCCAUGGGAACAAACUGCAAUAACACAAAGACUCGGAGACUCUUCGAUGUUCUGCAGCAAGUUGUGAUGAAGUAAUUGUAGAGUUCAACACCAUUUCAAUCAAGUAUGGCAGGGAUCCACUUUGUUGAAUAAUGUAGCUAGUGUAACAUUAACAAUUUAUUUUUGUUUGACACUUCAUACUGUAUAAAUAUCAAGUACUUAAGAGACAUGGAGGUGCAAAGAAGAUGAACAAGGCAUCGCUAGUCUUAAUCAUUUUACUGCAUGGAGCCCAAGGCUCAGGGCAAAGAUUACGGACCAACAUUAACCUGUACUGCUGCUCCAGCCUGAGACUGACUGAUGUAACAGGGUAAAGAGAGACCAAACUGGGUCAUGGCUCACAGGAGGAGACUAGUUCUGGUGCUCAUGGGUGCAGACAGAACACUGAAGAUGCACACUUCAGCUUUGUGAAGGCAGAUGGACUCGGGGAUUGGAAGGAGUUGAACAGCAAAGCGCUGGGCUCUGGGUAAUGCAGCUUACCUGAGUGACAUUGGUCAGAGAGCUUGGGGAGUGGUAGUGAGCAAACAGUCUGUCUGAGUGAUCUGGCAACUACGCGGGUGAGUGGGCAAAUUAUCGAAGGGUUCCCUUUGCAAGGUGUGGAGUCACCAAACUGCGGAUACCUUGUCGUGGGAGGAUUUGAGAUACAAUCCAGAACAAAAGCAAAACAGGGAGAUUUGAGGCUAUUAACGUCUCAUUUAAAUGUACCUCAUCUCCAUCUGUAAUUCUCUCCCCUUGACAGAAACCAAUCAGAUGCGAAAGUUCCAAUUGUCUCAUCAUUUCCAACUGUUCUGGGGAGUGUGUUCCUGAUUCCCGCCGUGCUUUGAGUGGGGAAAAGGCCUUCGUAAUUUUGGAAAUCUGAAAAAAAAGCAGAAACUGGAAAUACUCUGCACACCAGGCAGCGUCCAUGGGGAAACAGAAAAUCAUUUAGUUGAUUUUUCUGGUCCAGUAUCCUUCAACAGGACUGAGGAUAAGCUCGAGACUGAAAUGUUGACCAACUGAAACCUGUGCUUAACUUGGUCCCUCAGAACAUUUUUUUCUGAAUAAUGGAAAAAUUUCUGUGCCCAACCAGAAAUGGGCCAGGAUGUUCCAGUAAGUUCGGUUCUGCCCCUGUCCCCCAGCGACCAGCAUUCAAAUCCAGCUCAUAACAAGGGGGUGACGUCUGCUUCAGUAAGAGUUUGUCAGGUCUUGACCUCUUUCUCGGAGGGCAGUUUGCUUCCCUCAGGAGACUGGCAGUGUUCUCAGGCAGAUUGGAGGGAGGUUGGCAUGGACAAAUGUCACACUCCCCUGUAGCCAGGGGCACAGGUGGGAAGGUGCAACGUACUGACUCUAGGGUGUGGCUGAUGGGUUGGUUGUAGAGGGAGCUUUACUAUGUAUCUAACCCAUGCCCUGGGAGUAUCUGAUGGGACACUGCAGAGGGAGCUUUCCUGUCCCUGCCCUGGGAAAUGUAUCCCAAAGAGUCCUCCUCCUCCUCCUCCUCCUCCUCCUCCUCCUCCUCCUC